UGAAGUGGCUUGAUAGAUUAUUYAGCGGGCCUAAAAAUUACAUUUUAGAAUCUAAUGCAUUUGAAAGUAUCUGAUUUACAGACURCUUUUGGGUGAAGGAGCUGUACUGUWGUUUUCCUCAUUAAUUAUUUAUGAUUUGAUAAUCAUCUCCAAGCUUCUUUUUUGGAAUUACCGAUAGAGGAUUCAGCUGGCCGACAGGUAUUCUUCCCGGUUGUCGUGGCGGCUUUUGUGGUCACAGGAACCAAAACGACGUAUUCAGGGAGUUAUCGUCCACUUCGACUAUCAGAAAAACCUGCUAGUUUAGACCCAGACACUAUGAAUGCAGAGAGACUACUUGGGCAAAUUGCCAUAGUUUGGGCUUUCAUGUCCGUUGUAAUCAGAAGUGAACAAGAAGAUUUUGCUUCGCCUCCUCGAAACAUAACAGCAUCUGCAACAAGUAAAGGCGCUGAAUCCCGUAUUACCUUGAAAUGGUCCGAACCAAAACGCAUUAAUGGAACGAUAACUGGGUACACGAUAGUGUACGGCAGGACCAAUGGACUAUACGGAAACAAAAGUCUUUAUGUUACCUCCUCAGCAAGAAGUGUUACCAUUGAUAAGAUCCGACCAUACCAAUAUUACAGCGUUUACUUAAGAUCGACGACUGAUCUCGGCGAAGGAAAGUGGAGCUCUGCCAUUGACAUUAWGACUCCAGCUGGGCAUCCUGUUGGUCCAUGUAAGACCACUAGGGUAUUUUCACCAAGUUCAACAAGCAUCUAUAUUGAAUGGCAACCCUUAGAUCCUGAACUGCGUAACGGGAUUCUAUUAGGCUAUGAAGUCUUCUACGUAGAUGCCACCUCUAGCCUUCAAAGUUACCAAAAAGAGACCGUCUCUGUAGACACAACAAACUUUACGAUUACAGGGCUCAAACCGUACUCUCUGUACAUUGUUGGCACUAUAGGAUUUACAAAAUUAGGGUUUUUUUUCACGCCAAAAGACGUUAUGGAGGCACCAAGAGUACGAACACUAGAAGGGGCACCAAGUAGUCCACCACCAAACCUGACAGCAGCAUUUGUUUGUAAUCGAUACGAGUUAAGAGCGAUGUGGGAUCCUCUUUAUGCCGAGAACAUCAAUGGUAAACUKUUAGGAUACAGGGUAUUGCUUUACCAGGGAAAACUGCUCUACRUGAACUUCACAACGACAACGACRAGUAAUACAAUWACACURGACGAGUGYAAGAACUACACCGUUAAGGUUGCWGCUUACACUUYACCUGGAGAUGGACCAUUUUCUGCUGAUAACGUGACUAGCAUAUGUCCAUGUGGUGCUCCUGAACCAUUCUACAAARGUCGCUCCAUYGUUACAAAAGAAGGCAAUGCGACAAGGUUACUAUGUGAAUACCAAGGACGACCUGAGCCCACGAUAUACUGGUUGCGUCAUGGACAGCGACUUWACGAUGAAAAUAAAAGUGUAGARAGAUUUAMGACACAGUUAGCGAAUGGWACAUGGUACAURUCCUAUACUGAAAACCAAGAUAGCGGUUURUACACGUGUGUAUUGAACAACACUUAUGGUGUAGCAACAACUGAUGUGUCACUUACAGUAUCUAAAGAUGUCGCUGUAAUCAAGCUCCAGAUAAAAGUUUCUAAUAAAGAAUAUCAAGAAGAACUGGAAGACAUAACAUCCAAGAUGUCCAGAGAGUUCAUUCUCAAGAUUGAAAGAGCUAUCUUCAAAGUAUUCAAGAAAGAAAAAGAUGUGUUUGUCAGGGUAACCAAGUUCAGAAAUGGUAGUGUGAUAGCCGACUUGAAAAUUUCCAUGGCAAUUGAUGAUCCAGGUUGGAAAUCGUCUGCCCUACAGUCCAUAAAAGAAACCCUCAUUCGUUCGCUAUCGGCAGGCAAGAUGACUGUUGAUGAUAUCUCUAUUGAUAACAUMAUUUUCAAAGAGUCACCGCCUCCUCCCCAAAACGCCAAAGCAAACGUAAUAAACCCAACAGAUAUUCACCUGACAUGGGAUUACCCACAAGACUACGAAGCAUACGCCAUCACUGGGUACAGAAUAUUACACAAGAAAACUGGUAGGAAGGAAUGGAUUAUGGGUAAGAUGCUAUCAGCCAAUCAGAACAUKGGGAAAAUUGAAGAUCUUCACUCUAGCACAAAAUAUGAAAUUAUGGUUGCUGCUUACAAUGAAURUGGACAAAAAGAAAGUAAUAUAAUAACAGCUGAGACAACAGCUGACAUGACAGCAGYCAUAGCCCUUGGUGUCAUCAUUCCAAUUAUUCUAAUUCUGAUUCUGAUUGGUUUGUGGUUUUGGUGGAGGAAACAGGGACUUCAAAAACGAAAAAUCGAAGAGCAGCUUGCCAUGGAGCAGAGAAAGAGAGAAGAGUUAGAAAAGCAGAAUGCAGCAUUGAUAAGUUUAGAUGCCUUACUUGGAGUUGGUGGUGAAGACAUCGAGAAACACUGGAAGGAAAUUGCUAGAGAAUGUAUAGAGUUCAUMGGAGAACUUGGCUCYGGAGCUUUUGGAGAAGUCAAGAAAGGAAAGCUCAUUGAUGGAGAAGAAAUCACGAUGUGUGCAGUGAAAAUGCUCAAGGCACAAGCCACAGAAGUAGAACUGAGAGACUUGGUUAACGAGCUCAACAUUAUGGCCAACGUUGGCGAACAUCCACACGUUGUAAGCUUGCUUGGAGCUUGUACGGUUAAUGGUCCUUUGUGGCUGGUUGUCAAGUUCGCUGAGAAUGGCUCUCUUAUCGAGUAUCUUCACUCUCAUCGUCCAGAAAAGAUCCACCGUUACGAGAAUAUUGCUAAGAAUACAGACAGCACAGGAAACAAGACACAAGAAAACGGACUAUCUCUCUUUGAGAAAGUUAAGCUAGCUUAUGGCAUUGCAAAAGGAAUGAACCAUUUAGUUACAAUGAAGUGUGUGCAUAGAGAUCUGGCAGCGCGCAAUGUCUUACUGGGUAAGAACAACAUACCAAUGGUGUCUGACUUUGGGUUGUCACGUGAUGUCUACGAAAGCGGUCAAUAUGAAAAGACAACAGGGGGUAAACUACCUGUCAAAUGGAUGGCAAUCGAAUCUUUGGAAGACUAUGUGUAUACAGUACAAAGUGACAUUUGGUCAUAUGGUGUUGUYUUGUGGGAAGUUGAGACUUUGGGUCACAUUCCCUACCCGGGUUUGAAUGGGCAUGAAGUGUUGAACAAGCUUAAAAAUGGAUAUCGACUGGAGAAACCAGAUGACUGCACCGAAGAAGUAUACSAGAUCAUGCUAGAGUGUUGGCAAGAGAAUCCUGACAAACGUCCAAGAUUCAGCGAGUUAGUGACAAAAGUCUCGACGAUGUUGGAGGAAUGUCCUGAGUACAAKGAAAUCCUGUCACAGGAGAAAAUCGAACCCUCUGAGGGCGAAAUUAAAAUCGACAAUUUAUUUUGGAGSGAAGAGAAAAAAGAAAGCAAAAAUAACUACUAUGAAGACCCUGAGCUGGUGAUUAAUUUAAACGAGGAGAGCAACAAGUUGUUGGACAGCUAUUAAAAACCUGCCUGUAGUUUUUCUUGAAAAGCUUUUAAUGUAUGAGUGUUUAUUACAGCUAGAUGGGUCAUGGUUCAAUCAGAGAAUGAAACAAGGCGAACACUUUGCAUACUUGCAGCUAUUUCAAAAACGUUUGGUGAAGCUUUUGUUGCAUGCGCAUUUUGCAUCUUGUAUGUUCCCGUGCAUAUUAAGCUUGAAAUGUGUUAUAUAUCUGUAAAUAAUUUCAGCACAGAAGAAAUUAUGCCGGACAAACGCGCACACAAGUUUCGGAAAAUUUCGUAUCAUUUUGACCUUCUGCUUAUUGAAUUCACAUCGUGCAGUUUGGUUUUGGCAUGAAACAUGCAACAAAAUCUUUACAAACCUAUUUCGUUGUCGUUGAUAGAAAGUCAUAUUGUUUGUACAAGGACAAAAAAAAAAAAAUCUCUAUAAAACAACAGAGCGGUAUCUCAGAAAAAAAACAAAAAAGUUGGAGUGACUGGUGUUUCUUCAAGUAUUAUUAUUUUCGUUGAUCGUCGUUAAUAGACGUCCAUUAGUAUCGGUGCUUCGAAGCGUGCCCAUUUUUGAAUGAUCUAUCGCAUACUUAACUAUCUAUCUACUUUGUAGACAUUAGGUUAUAUUAAUUUCUUAUCAUWUUUCGAUAAUCACUUACAUAUGAAUAGAAAAUUGCGCGCGCUUCGUUCGUCGAUGUGUGUUCGUCGAUGCGUGUUCGCGCUUUCAAAAUACGAAAUAAAUAUAAAUUUUAGAACUAAA